UUCAGAGUGAUCAUGUAUGUGGCUCAAAAAGUUCUGUUCGCGUUAGUUCUUUUCAUUUCCGGUGACAAACUACAAUCACUUGCUUCUGAAAAUGAAGUUCACGUUAAACAAAAAUCUUCCAUCUUGCACUCGAAAAAUGACUUUGUAGACCUAUCAAAAUCUCAUGGUUAUGCGGCUGAAGAGCACACCGUGAAGACAGAUGAUGGCUAUCUUCUGACACUGCAUAGAAUACCACGUGGAGUGAAAGCUCAGAAAAACAGCAAAGGAGUUGUGUUUUUGCUUCACGGUCUCUUAUGCUCAUCUGUCGAUUGGAUUAUAUUGGGUCCUCAAAGUGCUCUGGCGUUCCUGCUGGCAGAGGAGGGCUACGAUGUGUGGCUGGGAAAUGCCCGCGGAAACACAUUUUCUCGGCGACAUGUGUCUCGUGGGGUAGAGAGUAAGGCCUUCUGGAAAUUCAGUUGGCACGAAAUCGGGAUUUACGAUCUGCCGGCAAUGAUUGAUUACGCUCUCAAUGCGACUCGACAAACAUCUCUGCACUACAUUGGCUACUCACAGGGAAGCACUGCCUUCCUCGUCAUGGCCUCAAUGCGUAGGGAGUACAUGAAGAAAGUGUCCAUGUUUCAAGCCUUGGGUCCAGCAGUUUAUUUGUCAAAUACGAGGAGCUUCGUAGUGAGAACUCUAGCGCCUUUCACCAGUCAAUUUCAGAUGCUUAAUAGCAUUCUAGGCACCACAGAGUUCUUGCCUCGUGGGACUUUAUUGGACUCGGCAAGCAAAUUAUUUUGCCACCUGCACUCUCCCAUAAAGAUUCUAUGUAGUAACAUUUUAUUCCUCAUGGCUGGAUUCGACUCAGAACAAAUAGACAUGAAACUUCUCCCUACGAUUCUUGCGCACUCUCCAGCGGGAGCUUCAGUAAAUCAAAUUGUGCACUAUCUCCAGUGUGUCAAGACAGGAAAAUUUAGUUUAUUUGACUACGGAAGUUCGGAGAACAUGGUCAAGUAUAAUGCAACAACGCCACCAGAAUAUCCCAUCGAACAAAUGACUGUGCCUACAGUAAUUCAUUAUGGUCUCAACGAUGUUUUCUGUUCGGUAACAGAUGUUCAGAAAUUAAUACAGAAAUUACCAAAUGUUGUCGGAAAUUAUUCAGUACCAUUUGCCAAAUUCAAUCACUUAGACUUUAUCUAUGCAAAACGAGCAAGAGAAUUGGUUUAUGAUAGAGUAAUUGAAAAUCUGACAAAUAAUUUGGAAAACAAUAUUGAGAGCUAAAUAAAGUACUCCGAUA